CUCCAUGCAAGAAUUGCUUUUUUGCUGACUCGACAACCCCUCUUUGGCUUCAUUUCCAUGUCUUGUGAUUUAUCAUGCUCUUCACUCUUGCUGGUGUAAACCGAUCAAGAUGCUGCAUCUAAUAUGCAAGAUUCUUCCCAUCUCUGUUGAUCGUGCUGCGGCUGAGCUGUCGUCUUACGUGCAUCUUUUGGAGACGUAAUAUAGACCGGCUUACCCCUCUUCUCUCUUGUUCUUUUUUCUUUUUAUUUCUUUCUUUCUCUUCAUCUUUCUUCUGUGCCCUAAUAAACUAACAUCAACAUGUGCGGCAUCUCGACCUUUCUCUCCCUCCAGAAAGGGUCACCAGACUCCAUCAGCAACAUCGAAACCAACCCCAAAUCCGAAGCCCAGUUAAACGCCAGUUUGGAUGUCGUCGAGCAUCGUGGUCCAGAUGCACGGGGGAAGUGGUUCAGUCCUGAUGGUCAAGUGGGUCUCGGCCACGUCCGACUCACCAUCAUCGAUCUCAGUCCCGACGGAAACCAGCCUUUCCACGAUAGCCAGGAUGGCAUCCACGCCGUGGUAAACGGAGAGCUCUACGGCCACGAACACUACCGGGAGCAACUCUCCUCUGAAUACGACUUCCAGGGGAAAAGCGACUGUGAGAUCGUGAUUGCUCUGUACAAGCAUUAUGGGGUCUCCUUUCUCUCCUAUCUACGCGGCGAAUUCGCUCUCGUUCUCUGGGACGCAAACCGGCAGUUGUUCUUUGCGGCCCGGGACCGGUUCGGGAUUAAAUCGCUUUACCAUACUAUUGUGGGAAACCGGCUCUUGGUAGCGACUGAGAUGAAGUCGUUUUUGGCGUUUGGAUGGCAGCCCGAGUGGUCUAGGACUAUGUUUGAGGGUGUUUAUCAGGUUUUACCUGGUCAUUAUUUGAUGAGCAGAAAUUACCAACAACCAAAACACGCCUCAUAUUGGGAAUUCGAGUACCCCGACAAGCGAAAUCUCGAAACCAGGACAGAAGAAGAGAUGAUCCAGGGUGUCCGCGAACGGCUGGUGGAAGCAGUACGGCUUCGACUACGAGCAGAUGUACCUGUUGGCAUCUAUCUCAGCGGAGGAUUGGAUUCCUCUGCCAUCGCAGGAAUCGUCGCGCAUCUCAUCAAGGAAAAAGGAGCGAGAGCGGGGAAUGAAACCAGUACGGAUCUUUCGCGACUUCAAAGCUUCACUGUGCAGUUCGAUAAGGAUAGUGGAGCAGAUGAAUCUGGCGUCGACUUUCAUCCUGUAGCUAUUGACGAGGACGUGAUUGUCUCUAGGUUCGAGGAUGCAAUUUGGUUCAGUGAGACGGUCUGUAGCAACGUCAAUGGAAUUUGCAAGCUGCCUCUGGCCGAAAAGGUCCAUUCCAAGGGCAUCAAAGUGGUUCUUACAGGGGAAGGACCUGACGAACGCUUUGGAGGAUAUUCAGACCUCAUACCGGACUCAUACCGAGAAAUCGACUACUCCUGGCCGCCAUCUCACCACCUCGCAGCCCACCGCGAAGAAGCCCAAGAGGCAUUCACCAAAUACACCCCCGGCGCAAUGAUAUCCCCAAACAGCUCAACCGACGCACCCCCCUCCACAACCCGCAUGCUCAACGACUCCAGAAUGAGCCACGUCCUCCCCAAAAUCUUCGCCUGCCCCAUGGCACCCUGGACGCACGAACACGUCAAAACCCCCCACCCACUAACAAUCCUAGCAGACAGUCUAGACAGCCACACUCGCGACAAAAUCAUGACCAAAUGGCACCCCUUACACACAGGCCAAUUCCUAUGGGCUCGCACAGUGCUGGCGAUUCUCAUCCUCCGCUGGUGCGGCGAUAACAUGGACAUGGCGCACCAUGUUGAAAGUCGACCGCCAUUUCUCGAUCACCAUCUCACCGAGUAUACGAAUUCGUUACCCCCCAGCCUCAAGCUCAAGUAUGAUUCUGGUCAGCGCCGUUUCCGCGAGACAUAUAUUCUGCGAGAGGCGGUGAAGCCGUUCGUUACGGAGGAGGUCUACCAGCGUCAGAAGCCCUAUCGCGGCCCCUUGACGUUUAGUCCCGAUGGUCCGUUGCAUAAAUUCAUGCUGCGGAAGAUUACGAAAGAAAAUGUCGAAAAGUUAGGGUUUGUGGACUGGGAGAAAUCAAAGGAAUUUCUGGAUAAGGCAUUUGGGGAUAGAGACCCAAUGGCGUUUAAAUAUGCCAUGACCGUCACAGGGUAUGUAGUUCUCAUGCAGAAAUUCGGCGUGAAAACGGCUCAAUGCCUUCUACUGGAUAAACUGAGCAUAUGGUAA